AUGGCCAACGGUUCCGGAAGCAUGCCUUUGUCUGCUUCAUCUGCUUGUGUAGACGAUGGGGAACAGGACGAAUUUCCUGCUCGUACAAUGACUUCUUCUUCCUCUUAUGUGGAUACGAUGGACCAGUCGUCGACUUUACGGACCCAGACAGACCAAACGUCGGGCACAGCAUUGGACUACUACAUGUUGCCGCUGGCACCGUAUGUCUCUGCUCCGGCCGCCUUUCCACGAAGGGUUUCGCAGAAUCCUUCCCAGAUGCUGUCUUUGGAUGAGUUCGAAACAACGAGCCCGAGUGCUGUCCCAAUCAAUUCAUUUAGUGCAUCAAGAGACUCGUACUCGUCAACGGACUUAAAUGGCAUGUUUGCAAACUCUGUACCCACAGAGCUGUAUAGAAAUCCGUCUUCCUAUCAGCUCAAUGGUUCCUCCUCUGUACGUUCUCCUUUGCUACCGGACCCCAGCCUUUCCUCCUUCACUUCGAAGAAUGCCGUGCAUCACCCAACCUCCUUUCUUCCACACUAUCCCAAGGCAAAUGUUUCAGCGGAUCAAGGCAAGGCUGCUUACGAAGAAAAUCCUGAACCGCGGAAACGAGCCUAUUCCAUUGCCGCUCCUUUAAGCGAUUACGGUACCACUGAAGUCUCUAACGCACCUUGGAAUGCCAGUCGGGGAGACAUCGCAAAAAGCUUAAAGACGCAGGAACAACCGCGUCAAAAUGAAGGCCCUCCCGCUCCUUUUUCCAUUCCACUUCCCAUAAAUUGUAUUUAUUCAACCACUGGUUUGGACGUGGUUGGUUUGCUGGCCCGAGUGGCAUCUCGGCCAAACCCCGUUAUUCAGCUGGGACCAGUUGAUCUCUCUUGCUCUUUCCUUGUCUCCGAUCCUCGUCAGCCCGACUGCCCCAUCAUUUAUGCUAGUAGCAAUUUUGAGACUCUCACUGGUUACACACAACAGGAGAUUGUUGGAAGGAAUUGUCGGUUUCUGCAGUCGCCGGAUGGAAAGUUAUCCGAAGGCGAGCAGCGAAGAUUUACGGAUCAUUGUGCCGUUUAUUACAUGAAAAAAUGUGUUUUGGAGGAGAAGGAAUGUCAGGUCUCUUUGGUGAAUUUCAAAAAAAACAGACAACCUUUUAUGAAUCUUGUCACACUUAUCCCCGUUUGCUGGGAUAGUGACGAAAUUUCCUUCAUUAUCGGUUUUCAAAUUGACAUGGUCGCUACUCCGAGCGAAAUUAUGAAACGAAUAAAGUCGGGCUCGUAUUCGACGUACUAUCAAAUGACUGCCGCACCGAAGCCUGCACUCAGGGACACAAGCCCUGUACGAAGAGGCUUAGAGGCUUACCCGGACACACAUUCAAAGCACAAGCUAUCAGCGGCUGAAUUGGAGUUUUGGAAUGAUGCCUGGGUUAAGAACAGCUCGGACUUCAUUUAUGUCAUCUCGCUGAAAGGAAUAUUUCUGUAUGUAUCGAGCGUAUCUAAGAGUUUACUGGGGAAGGAUCCAGAAGAACUUCUUGACAUCGUACCCCUGCUUCGGGAAAUUAAAACGGUUACCACGGGUGAAACUGUAAACUACAUAUUCCGCGUUAUGAUGAGAGGCGGCAGUUACUGUUGGAUUGAAUCCAAAGGACAAAUGCAUAUUAUGCAAGGAAAAAGCAGGAAAUGCAUUAUCCUGGUCGGGAGACAACGGGCGUUCUACGACCUUGCAGUAAAUACCAUCAUGAAGAACACAGUUAUUACGGAAAAUGAGUUCUGGAUUCGUAUUUCUAUGACCGGUAUUAUUCUGUAUUCUACGCCUGACGUGGUUCAAUUCGCGGGUUACGGAGCGACGGAAUUGGUCGGCAAAAGCUUAAUGUCUGUUUGUUCGUUCCCUCCAGCAGACAUUAUCUUAAAAGCAUUAAAAACUGCGCUGGCAAAGGUUGUUACACUUCGCAUCUGCUUACACUCAAAAACUGAUGAACUUCUUUACGCGAAGGCCGUCUUUUUCAGAGCUAGCAGUACGAAUGAUUCAAAGUUACCGUGUAUGCUCGUUCAGUUGUAUACAAUUCCUGCAUUUGAUAUUGGUGAGGAAUACGCCUCUGAUAUGCUGUUAAAUUCCGAUUCACCGGUAAGUGGUCUGCCUGAUGCAAUGAUGGACACCUUCCUUUAUGAACAAUACAGUGAUGGAGAUCUGAACAAAAACUUUUUUUCCGAACUUGACCAUUCACAUUCUUCGAGCUGGCAGUACGAGUUUAAUCGUCUUCGUUAUGAAACUUCCAGGCUAGAGGAUGUACUCAGUGGGCUCUAUGCUGAACGUUCACUUCAAGUACGCUCUUAA